AUGGUCGCGAAGCUCGGCAUAUAUUUGCUGGCCCUAUGCGGUACGGUAGCUGCGCUACCGGAAUGUCGGAGAGGAGAGUGCGACUCGCUGACCUGUCAAGAUGGAUGGUUGGCCCUGAACAGAACGCGAAGCUGUUUUAAGAUGAUCCGAAACGUGGACAUCUCAAAAGCUGUAGACGAAUGUAAACGAUAUGGCGCUACAAUAGCGUCGGCGGUAAAUGCGGACGAAAAUAAGGAUAUUCUUGAAUUCGCAAUCAUGUCUCAGGUGCAAAAGAAUGAGGCACUCUUUUUGGGAGCGAAAAAGACCGGCAAAGGACCGUCGGGUUUCAAGUGGCUUGACGGGAAACCCUCCAACUUCACCAACUGGGAUCGCAGAGAGCCGAGUGAUAAUCAUCAGGGCAAAAAUGAGGAUUGCAUCGAGAUGUACGUUCGAUACUGGAAGUUUGACCCAACAAAGAGCCUGGAGCAAAACAUGGCCGCGACCGGGGCCGGAAAAUGGAACGACCUGAAGUGUGACUGGAGCCCGAAGGUGAUGGCGUGUCGCAAAGACCAGACGCCCGUUCUACAAGCGCCAAGCAAGGAUACGCCACCGGAGCUCACGACCAGAAAGACCACUGUUACCACCACAACAUCUACCAAGGUUACCACUACCACCACCACAACCACCAAGGCUACCACCACCACCGUACUGAAAGUGUGCGGCUAUGGGUGGUCGGUCGGGCCGCAUGGAUGCUAUAAAUAUGACGGUACGCUAGGCAGCUACGACAAUCGUUUGGCAUACUGUCGUGGUUUGAACAGUUAUCCGACUUCCGUCAUUGACAGCGAGGAAAAUCGAUUUGUUACUGACUUGGCACGCCGCGGCGGGGCCCCCUUACAUUUCUGGACCGGCGCCUACCUGUCUAGCAACCAUAAAAUCACUUGGGAGGAUGGCGAGCGGAACAAUACAUACUCGAACUGGACCCCGAGAUUAUGGGGCGCCAUCGGAGACGAAUACGUUAAGCCGAAUCACAUUGACACCGACCACUGCAUUGAGAUCAUGACAUUCCGGAACGGGAACGGUAUCGUUACAGCAUCUUCAGAAUUCGGAAUCAUUGCUCAAGUGAAGAAGAAUGAAGCGUAUCUCCUCGGCGCCACGAAGAAGGGCAGUGGUCCUCUGGGAUUUGAAUGGAUUGAUGGGAAAAGGUUCAACUACACAAAUUGGAAGAAGGGAGAGCCGAGCGAUAAGCACAAUGGAAAAAAGGAAGAGUGCGUUGAGAUGUUCGUGCGGUACUGGAAGUUCGACCCCAAGAAGACGACCACCGUAUCCGCUGUACCGGAUUGUCGCAAUGGGGCGUGCGAUACGCUAACUUGCGAAGCGGGAUGGACCGCGCUGAACCGGACGAGGAGCUGUUUCAAGCUGAUCAGAAAUGUCGAUAUCUCGAAAGCGGAAACAGAAUGCGGAAUCUACGGUGCAACGGUGGCUUCGGUCGGGAACGCGGAGGAAAAUAAGGAUAUCCUAGAAUUUGGAAUCAUUGCUCAAGUCAAGAAGAAUGAAGCGUAUCUUCUCGGCGCCAAGAAGAAGGGCAGUGGUCCUCUGGGAUUUGAAUGGAUUGAUGGGAAAAGGUUCAACUACACAAAUUGGAAGAAGGGAGAGCCGAGCGAUAAGCACAAUGGAAAAAAGGAAGAGUGCGUUGAGAUGUUCGUGCGGUACUGGAAGUUUGACCGAACGAAGAGCUUGGAGCAAAAUAUGGAAGCCACUGGCGCCGGAAAAUGGAACGAUCUGAGAUGUGAUUGGAGUUCCAAAGCUUUCGCAUGCCGUAGGGAUCAACGCGCCGAAAUGCAAGCACCCAGCAAAGACACUCCAGUCGGCCCGAUUGUCACGAGCACGGCUAGGGCGGUGACGUCCGCCACGAAGCAGCGCUAUGCUUCGUGCCCGCCUCGUUGGAAGAUGAUCGCUGCCUUUGAAAAAUGUUAUGCGAUUCUCGCAUCGCCCACCAAUUUCGAUGACGCUCAAGCGAACUGCGUGCGGUACAAUGCCACCUUGCUCCACAUUGACAACAGCGUCGAAGACCAGUUCAUCAACGGAUGGGCAGCAGGCGUCUACAGUGGUGCUCGUUUUUGGCUGGGAGCGCGGAGGGUGCCGCCGACCAUUAAUGGCACGUUUGUUUGGAUCGACACCAAUUCAACGGGUCAAUAUUAUCCUUGGAAGGAAAGUCAAUAUAUGUCGAGGUCUGAGUUGGAUGAAGAAGACGAGAGAUUGCGUAGGGGCAAUUGGAACGAAUGCCUGGAGACACGUCUUCCGUUCUGGCAGGGGAAGGAUUGCUUGGCUAGUAAUAACUACGCUAUCUGCCAGAGAGCCGUCACCUGGACA